CUCCCAUAUUCUCGCAAGACGAAGUGCAUGGUUGGUUACUCGAGCAAGUUGAAACUUGAAAGCUAGCCGUAGCUGAUAGUCGUAACGCUCGGUUUCUCGCUCUUGUGCUGACGAUUUAGCUUUCAUUCAAAUCUCCUCAAAGCGAUCAUCGUUCAGAUGGCGAGCUCAGUAUCCAUGCAAUCCAUCUUGGUGAACCCCGUGGCCGUGGGGCGCCUCGGUCACAGAGGCAGGCCAUCAAGCAUGGUCUUCCCUUCUACAUACUUCCCACGCCAACAAAAGAAUGGCUGCACUCUGCAAGUUCGCUGCAUGGCUGAGGAAAGCCAGAAAGAGCAGAAGUCAUCGCCGGUGAGUGCUCCCCCGUCACCACCCCAGCACACCACCCCUUCUGGUUCACCAAAGGUCAGCACCAAAUUUACGGACGUGCUGGCGUUCAGUGGGCCCGCACCCAAGAGGAAAUGA